CCUCCGAUUCACAUCGUCAAAAAAUUUUGGUCUGUGAACUUCGUGCGGAUGAAAUUCGAUUUGAACGCCACCGAAAAUAUGCAAAAUAAAGUGAAAUACCAGUGCCUCGCGGACGAGGAGCGCUUCAGCGGAGAGUCCUGCAGCCAUUAAAGCCCAGAGAGCACUGAAAGUUCUGGGAAUUUCGCGGGAAAGGUGCGUUUUUCGCUUGGUCUUUCGUUUUUGCCCCAUCCUCUUGUGUAAUUUCCAUUGAAUGCAACAACAAAGGUGCGCGUUAAACAACAACAAAUAGCAUUGUUUUGCGGGAGAGCGAGUGUGAGAGAGAGAGAGCGUUCCUGAUUGCGACAUUGUGUGAGUGAGCGGAGAAGAAAACGCCAAGAAGUUGGCUGAUAAAGCAAACGCACACGCACGCACGCACGCGCACACACACGCAAAGAAAAUAGAAAAAUCGUAAAAUAAUAAUAAUCAGCAAGCAGGAAAAGAAGAAGCAGCAGCAGCAGCAGUACAAACAGCAAAAGUGUAGUCGUGAUCGAAAAUCGAAAGUGUGAAGCAUUUUCUAUAAAUAGUGCAAAAUCAAAACCCAAUUCCCAUUGCAAACAAAAGCGCAAUAAAGCAAUUACGAUAGAGCAAUAGCGAUACAACAGCGCUACAUACAAAAUCUACACACAUCUGGAGCAGUCGAGCGAUCUCACAGAGCGCGUGCUCUGCAGCAAGUAGCAGGAUUAUCUGAAGGAGCAGAUCGUUCGUCUGGCCAAGAAGGAUCUGCCAAGAUGUCCUCGCUGGACGCACGCAACAACUCGGCGAUGAUGAAGCGCGCCGAGCAGCUGAAGCGCUGGGAGGAGUCGGACACAAACCGCGCCGCCCCCACCCCCCGGCACGAGCACGGCCGCAGGAUCAAGUUCAGCUCCGGCUGUGUCUUCCUCGCCGCCUGCCUUUCCGGCGACAAGGACGAGGUCGUCCAGCUGCUCGACCAGGGCGCCGACAUCAACACCGCCAACGUCGAUGGACUCACCGCCCUGCACCAGGCGUGCAUAGACGACAAUCUGGACAUGGUGGAGUUUCUAGUGGAGCGAGGUGCCGACAUAAACCGCCAGGAUAACGAGGGCUGGACGCCACUGCACGCCACUGCCUCCUGCGGAUUUGUGAGCAUAGCUCGGUAUUUGGUGGAAAAUGGCGCUGAUGUGGCCGCUGUGAACAGCGAUGGUGAUUUGGCCUUGGAUUUGGCCAUCGAUGUACAGCACAUGGCCAUGAUUGACUACAUGGAGAAGAUGGUGCAGGAGCUGAACAUCAACGUGGAUGAGGCUCGAAAGGCCGAGGAGCUGGCGAUGCUGAACGAUGCCAAAAAGUGGCUGAGAAGCGAUGCCGCCGAGGUGGAUAGACCGCACCCGAAAACGGGAGCCACAGCCCUCCACGUAGCCGCCGCAAAGGGUUACACGAAAGUGCUGGGUCUGCUCCUGGCCGGACGUGGCAAUGUGGAUCGUCAGGAUAACGAUGGCUGGACGCCACUGCACGCGGCAUCGCAUUGGGGUCAGCGGGAGACGGCCGAGAUGCUCGUGGAGUCACUGGCCGACAUGGAUAUACGAAACUAUGCCGGGCAGUCAUGCAUCGAUGUGGCCGAUCGCAAAAUAGUCAAAUUCCUGGAAGAACUGCGGGCCAACAAACGCAACAAGCGGCGACCAUCUAGUCAAAUAAGCAGAAUCUCAGAUGCAAUGGAAAAUCAUGUGGAGAAGACGCCCACUAAACUGGUGCGCGUUGAAGUGAGAACUGAUGCCACAAAGGAUGCUGAGAACGUGAAGCCCAACCAGCAGAUCCACGCCGUCGAGCAUCCAGUCGAGGAGGAGGCGCCAUGGCGACGCAAACUGCCCCGCACACCCAGCGAUAGUCCCACUAAUAAUCAAGUUCCUGAUAGAGAGCUCGGCACCAAUAGCUCGGAGACCGCCAACGACGUCAUUUUGCGGCGCACGCAAAGCUUUGAGAACGAUCAAAAGUUCUAUCAAAAGUACAAUGAGCUGCGGGCACGCAUAAAGGCCAAUUCCUGUCCCAUUUUGCCGGCGAAUGCGAAUGCUAAUGCCGCUGCUGCCAACAAAUCCAAUAACAAUAAUAACCUAAGUAGCAAUAACUAUCAUAAUAACAACAAUAACAACAACAAAAGCGAUCUGCUAUUGGGAUAUGCUGCUGGCACCACAACGACAACAAGCACCCCCACAACAACAACAACAACAACAUCCAGUACAUUCAACAACACCCACUCGAACACCAACAACACAAGCACAACACAACAACAACCAGCAGCAGCAGCAGCAGCAUCGGCAGCAAAUCAAUUAUAUAGCGUACAAAGAUCGGCCUCACUCAAAGAUAACUCAAUGUAUUACAGGAAACCGACCGUUACGAUUGCAACGAGCACAGCAGCCACAGCGAUCAAUUCUCCAUCGACAACUGUACAGACCCCACCAAUUCGCAGCCAAGUUACAGCGAAAAUAGCAGAAAAGAGCAAUAAUGGCAGCUCGUCCACGGCCAGUGUCAGCGAUGCGGAGAGCUCCAAGCCACCGCCCAAACAAUCCGCGAGCAAUAUGAUCAAGAACUUCUUCAAAUCCUUUGUGCCACCGGUGCGUGAUGAAGAGAGCGAAACGCAGCGGAAGGCACAUGCUAAGCGUGUGAGGGAGACUCGACGGUCUACCCAAGGUGUCACCCUGGACGAGAUCAAGAGUGCCGAGGAGCUGGUUAAGAAGAAGAACAUGGGCAUGGCCAACAACAACAAUAACAACAAUAUUAGCACCACCACCACGAACACGAUCAGCAACAGCGGCAACGAAACAAGCUCUGCAUCAUCGACAUCAGCUCCAACACCAUCGAUCCUCGGCAGCAAUGAGCAGCAGGACGAGCUGCAACCACCGCCACCGCCCACCACACCACCGCCAGCUGUAAUACCCACCACAACAACGGCCACCGAUGAGACAGAGAUCGAGGAGGUGGUGUCCAGUCCUCCAGCUGGCCAAAGUCAAAACGAUACCACUGCUAGUUUUACGCUAUCGGCUCCCGUGCGAAGAUCGCUGUCGACCGAGGGCGAAGCCGAUGCCAAUAGUGAUCCGGAGGGUGAUCAGGAUCAGACGGUGGUCAGUGCCAGCUAUACGAUAAUGCCCAGGCGGGAGAGGCUUCCCGAAAGCUCCGAGAAUGUAGAGAGCAUAAGAUCGCCACAAAAGACUGAGCCAGUUGCCAAAAGUUCCAGCGAGGAUAAGUCCGAGGAGCCACCACAUGCCAGGCCCACGGAUCUGCCACUAAUUCCGGCUCCAGCUGCUCCCAGCACAGAAGCUAUCAAAUCAUCCUCGGCGGCCACUACGCCCGCUGCCCUCGAGAGUCCAGUGCGCUUGCGGGAUAAGCGGGGUCUGUCCGGCAGCCAAGAAUCGGAAACCAAGUCCGAUACCGCCUCGCCCGUGUCCUCACAUCCGGACUUCAAUGCCCGGGACUCGCUACUCAGUCUAUACGCCCGUCGCACAACGGACAGCAGCGCGGGAGGCGGAGGAGUUGGUGGUGGUGCAGGUGUAGGUGCAGGUGGUGCAAGUGGAGCUGCAACCUCGUCUUCAACUUCGGCAGCGGAACGGCGUCCGUCUUGGCGCCUGAAAUUCGAUGCCGGCUCCAAGUUCAAGUUGGAGGACAUAACCAGCGGUGGCACAUAUCCGCCCAACAACAGCACCAUCAUACCCAGUGCUCCGGCGGUAAUGGCAGCCGCCAACUUAUCAACCACAACUGGUGUCCAGCGGCGCAUCAGCAGCGGUCCCAUCGCACUAAAUGCUUCCAAUCAGUCGCUCAACUCUGUGGGUCGUCCAGUUUCCGCGCCAAGCGAGGGCACCAACAACAGUGCCUAUGUCACGCCCUCAGCUCGCAAAUUCGAGACGAACGCCACGUCCACGGGAGCGACCACUGCAGCGACCACGACCAGCAACUCAACCUCCAAUUCAGUGUCUGCAACCAGUGCCAAUCAUACAACGGCUACGGCACCAAAUGCCACGUCAAACCAUGACGAUAAGGAUAAUGAUAAGGAGAACGACAAUCGCACACAGACGGUUAUUCAGAGGCGGCGAAAGCCGAAGCGCAGAUCAACGGGCGUGGUGCACAUCGAUAUGGAUGAACUGGAUCCCGAGCGACAGAACGAAUCGUCCAACAACGACAACGAGGAGAAGGAGAAGGAGAGUGGCAGUGAGCGGACAUCCCGUUCCCGGCUGGGCAGCACCGCGAGUACGGCCACCACCAGCGAGUCAAAGAGCUCCAGCAGCAAUGACAAGACGGAGAAUGGCGAUGGCAUUGACUACAAGGCGCUCUGGGAAGCGGAAAAAUUGGAGAACGAUAAGCUGAGGCAGAUGCUCAAGCAGAAGGACGAUGAAGCCGUCCAGACACGUGCAACACUCGAGAGAUUCGCCAAUGCCCAACUCGAUGCCUACAAAUCGGAUAAUCAUCGCCUGAAGGAGGAGAACGCCGCGUUGAUUAGAGUAAUUAGCAAAUUAAGUAAAUGAAAUUAUGUUUUACUUUCAGUGUAUGUAUGUCUGAGAACCUAUAUCAUCGAGAAGCAACAAUUUUACUUUAGUUACCAGCUGGAAGAAGGCUGAAAAAGAAUGAAAAUGAAUGUUAAAGCCAGCAAGCCGAUGCAAGCGAAAGCCGGAUAUUCGCGUGAAAAUUUCAAAAUUUGUUUAUUAUUUGUGUUAGGCCGUUAAGCAUUAGGUGAAACCAUGUUUCAAAUAUCGUUGAGAAUUGUUUUGUUCGUUUUAUAUAAAGAAAUCUUAUGUAUUUGGUCAAAUUUUAUAUACAAAAUAGAGCAAAUUAUAAAUAAUAAACUUACACAAAUCAAGCUUAACUAUAUUUACAUAAGCAUACGCAACGUGUAUAACGAUCAGAAGAUCAAAAGAAAUGAAAUGGAAAGCGAAAACCUUUACAUACAAACUGAGAACAUAAUCAUCAAAUGAGCCCUAGUUACAUUACAGAUUAGUUUAACUACAUGAUACAUAUAAAUACAUGAAUAUAUAUAUAUAUAUUUUUUCAUAUAUAAAUUAUAUAUACACAUUACAUAAUACAUAUAUAUUUAAAGCAACAGAAUCAUAAGUUCAACAUGUCAAUGUGUAAUAUCAUCGAGGAUCCAGACCGCCAGUUCAUGAGACUCCGGAGAUGUGUCGAAACCAGCCCACGCGUCAACUUACUAAGUGUAAUCAUUAUCAUCCAAUUGUAAUUGUUUUUAGUGCUGCACAGAUAAAGGCAUCGGUGAUACCAUCAAAAGCUAUAGUAGCUACAUAUAUAGUAUACCCUUCAACUGAGGAGACAAUUUCGCAAAAGCUCCAUGGCGCUAUCCUAUAGAUCGGGAUGGGUUCAUCACUGCGUAUGCCCAAUUAUUUCUAUUAUAUUGUUAUUUGAGUACGUUAAGAUAAGCAGACACUUUUAGUUCUCUCCUUCACUUCGAAACGUAUUAUAUACAUUUACAUCGUACUAUAUUUUACUUUCGCUUAUAACGAAACAAAUGAUCAUACGCAUAUGCAUAUUUCUGUUAUUUAUUAAAUUCGCCUAAGAGAUUUUGUGUUACUCGUAAAUGGAAACGAUAAUCAAGCAUAAACAACCAUAAGAACGUGAAUUGUGUAAUAUGUAAAAUUGUGUGAGAAAAUAUUUAUGAAAAUUUGAUUCAAAUACGAAACUUAAUAAAUGUGAUCGC